AUGAUUGGGGAGGAGCCUAGACCGAGUGACCCCACGCUGCAGGAAGAUUGGGACGAGCGCUCCUCGGCUGGCUACUAUUUGAUGUCGCAGAGUUUGGAGCUGAACCAGCGUCACCACGUCAUGCACCUGCUGCCGGAGGUUGAAUGCAGUCCGAAGGCGUGGACCGUGUUGAAGGAGCUGCACGCCCCGACCUCCGUUGUCGCAACGUUGAUGCUGGAGAGGGAGCUGUCCGCGUUGCGCCUGAGCGAGGGAGAGCCGGUGCAACCAGUCCUGGACAAGAUGCGCGACCUCUACGCGAAGUUGGCGACCGCGGGAAUCACCUACCCGGAGCAGACCAAGUGCUUGAAGAUGCUUUCGCUGCUGCCAGAAUCGUGGCUUCAAUUUACGAGCGGAUUGAGCCUGCCGCAGAACCAGAGCUUGUGGACGCUCGAGUGGGUGCGGACGAAGAUUCUGGAGGAGGACUUCCGUCGCCGCCAACUGAGGGGUGGAGACGACGGCAGCAGCGGCUACGGGAUGCAAGGGAGCCGACGUGGCAGAGGACGUGGCUUCGGUGGUGCUGGACGCGGUGCAAAGAAAGACGACGACUCCAACGACCAACAAGGAGGUACCGGUUGGGGUCGCGGUGCGAAAUCUGGACGUGGGGGCAAGUCGGGUGCUGGUGGCAAAAUGAAAGGGAGUUGCUGGUAUUGUGAGAAGGAAGGGCACCCCUGGUUUUUGUGCUAUAAGAAACCCGAUGGAUGGACCCCCCAGAAUCGUCACCAGGAUGGCGGCGCGCGGAGGAACCAGAAAAACGGCGCCAACAUGGUCGCUGAUUCGUCCGACAACAACCCGAAGGGCAACGGCGGUGCGGAGAAGAAGAAGGAGCGCACCACGGGCCAAUUCUUCCAUGUGGGAGACAAGGGGGAGCAAGGAGACGCCUCUGCCAAAGUUGGAGCAGAGCUGCACCCCCUAGACUAUUGGGUGUUGGACACAGGCGCUGCUUGGACGAUGACGCCGCGCAAGGACCUGCUGGACGAAGUACGAGCUGCACCGAUCAAUGAAGUGUGCUCCGCCUCUGGACACAUGUUGAAGGUGGCUGGUGCGGGACGAGCUGCGUUUAAGGGAGCGGAUGGCAAGCCGGUGGUGCUGCACGACGUUCUCUUCGUCCCCGACCUGAAGGCCAACCUUAUCUCCCUCCGUAAGCUUGGCAAGGCUGGGGUGAACACCAACACGGAUGGGGCACGCACUUAUAAGGGGAAGCUGGGCAAUCGGGUGCUUUGGGAUCUGCACGAGAGCAAGGACGUGUACAGAUCUAUGUGGCAGCUGCCGGCCCUGGCGUGGCAUGGUGGGGGGCAGGCUGGAGAGGGGUCUGCAUCCCAGGGGGAGUGCAAUGCCGUUGGAGGGGUUGGUGUGAAAGUGUCGGCCAGAUCUGGGGAGACAGAUUGGGCAACGGCACACCGGCGCUUAGGGCAUGUGGCAAUGCCUUUGCUGAAGCAGCUGGAGAAGGACGGAGCCGUUAAGGGUCUGAAGCUGAACGGACAGCCACCCGAUGACAACUGUGAAAUCUGUUUGCUUUCAAAGUUCACCCGUUUCCCUUUCCAUAGUGUGGCUGGCAGGAGCAAGAAGCCUUUGGAGCUGGUCCACAUGGACUUGGUGGGGCCGCUGCCGGUGCAAGGGCACAAGGGGGAGCGGUAUUUUCUUACAAUUGUGGAUGACUGGAGCAGGCUGAUGUGGGCGUAUCCGCUGAAGCAGAAGGACCACGCCGCCUCCACGAUACGGGACGAUUGGCUGCCAUUCGUGGAGAAGCAGGCGGAGUGUGUAGUGAAGCGGAUUAGGACAGACCGGGGUGGUGAGUUCCUUGGAGCUGAAAUGACGGCCUGGCUCAAGAAGCAGGGCAUCCAGAGAGAGCUGACCACGGCUUAUACCCCACAGUCCAAUGGUGUAGCAGAACGGGCAAACCGGACCAUUCUGGAGACAGCUAGGGCGCUGCUCAUAGAAUCUGGGCUGAGCAAUUCUAUGUGGCCUCAUGCUGUCCGGCACGCCACUGUCGCUAGGAACAGGGUGCUCACCAAGGUUGGGGAUGACUCGUGGGUGCCGUUGGAGAGGUGGCUUGGGAGGAAGCCGCCGGUGGACAUGCUGAGGGUGUUCGGUUGCAUGGCAGUCGCCCACGUCCCCAAGACCUACCGCAGUAAGUUGGGGGCGAGUGCAAUCUGGUGUAUGCAUUUGGGGCUGGCUGCUGAGAGCAAGGGAUGGCUGCUGUGGGAACCAUCCAAGGGUGUGUUGUUUGACAGCAGGGAUGUGAAAUUCAUUGAGGGCAUGAUGUAUGGGAGCUGGGAGAAACAGCCGGAGGCAAGGGUGUCCCAGCAGAUGGAGCAGAUCACCAUGCAGCUGGACCUGACUCCUAGUGUGUGGGAGGAGGGAGAGGAGGCAGCUGCUGGAAAUGGUGAUGGAGAGAAGGUACAGGAGGCAUCUGCUGGUGGAGAAAAUGGUGUGGAAACUGGCGGCAGCACUAGUGGAGCUGCUGGACCCGAGGGAGGAGAGAAGCAGCAGGGAAAAACUAAGAAGCCGAAGGGUGUCGUUAUGAAGGGAUGGGAGACACCCGUCUCCAGGCCAGGACGUACCCGUAUGGCUACUAAGAAGCUGACUGCAGGAACUGAUGCAGCAGAGCAGCAGCUAGGGACCGAAGAGGCAUUGCUGAUUCUACCUCAUGGCUAUGACCCGGAUGAGGAGGAUGAGCCUGCGUACUGUUUUCUUGCCCCUGCACCAGAGGAACCAGCUAGCAUGGAGGAGGCAUUAGCUGGACCAGAUAGGGACAAGUGGCUGGCUUCUAGGGAUGCUGAGAUCAAGACCGAUGACAAGGGGCAGGUCACCAUCUACAAGAGUAGGCUGGUGGCGAAGGGGUUUAUGCAGAAGGAGAAGCAGGACUUCAACGAGAUCUUUGCACCCACUGCCAAACCCCCUACCCUCCGUGUCUUGUUGGCAGAUGCAGCUGUUAGUGGGAAAUUCAUCAUUCAGAUGGAUAUUUCAACGGCAUUCCUGAAUGGGAUUUUAGAGGAGGAUGUGUACAUGACGCAGCCGCCUGGGUAUGAGGAUGGUACGGGCAGGGUGUGCAAGCUCAACAAGUCCAUCUACGGCUUGAAGCAGGCGCCACGCUGCUGGUACCAGAAGUUGGCAGCUGUUUUAGAGGAGAUGGGAUUCAGGACCAGCAGCUGUGAUGAGAGCCUCUUUCUCAAGGGCGAGGGGGAGAAGCUGGUGCUGUUUCUGGUCUAUGUGGACGACAUUCUUCUCUUCAGCAGCAGCAUGAAGGAGAUCCAGAAAGUGCAGCAGCAACUGAUGGAAAACUUCAAGUGCAAGAACCUUGGGGAGGUAAAGUACUACCUCGGGAUGCACGUGGAGAGGGAUCCAGAUCACAGGUGGUUGAAGCUGCACCAGGAGAAGUUCAUCAAGGAGCUGGGGGAGAAGUAUGGGAUUGAGAAUGAGCGCAAGGUUGCAACUCCCCUGCCAGCAGAAUUCAAGCUUGUGAAGGCUGCAGAGGAUGAAGGGGUUGAAGCUGAAGAGCAGCAGCAAUUUCAGUCCUUGGUGGGCAGCCUCUUGUACGCAGCAGUUCACACGAGGCCCGACAUCUCUUUCUCGGUUGGGCAGCUGGCUAGGGUGGUGCAGAAUCCAUCAGAGGAGCAGGUGGAUGCAGCUGAGCGUGUGGUGAAGUACCUGAACUCUCACCCAAGCAUUGGAGUUCAAUACUCCGCAUCUGCACAGGUGAAGCAGAAAGGGGUGGAGGUGCUGAAAGAGAAGGGGGAGAGGCUUGGAGAAGGCAAGCUAUUUCUCACUUGCUUUACCGAUGCUAUGUGGGCUUCUGAGAAGGAGGAUUCCUCAUCUGUGGGAGGAUACAUCUGCAUAGUUGGGGGAGGACCUGUUAGUUGGAGGUCCAAGAAGCAGACGGAGACGGCACUCUCUUCCGUAGAAUCAGAGUACAUGGCGAUGUUCCAUGGGGUGAAGGAGGUGAUUUGGCUGAGGAGGCUGUUAGAGGAGAUUGGCCAGGAGCAGAAAGUUGCUACGCCGCUGUUUUGUGAUAGCAAGGGGGCUCUUGGGAUGGCCAGAAACGCUGUGCUUCAUGGGCUGAACAAGCACAUGCGUAUCAAGUGGCACUGGCUGCGUAAAGAGGUGAAGAGGGGGACGGUGCAUCCGAUCUACAUCAAGACUCACCAGCAGCCAGCAGACUUUCUCACCAAGAGGCUUGCGGAUGAGCCUCAUUGGCGUUGUGUGCGCAUGAGUGGAAUGAGCAUGAACUAG